AAGCGCCAAUCCCUCCUCCGCCAUUUUGUAAGGAUAUAAGAAAUACUAGCAGGUCUACCUCCCGUCUACGACAACCUGUAGUUUUGUUAGUGCCAUGGACGGCCGUUUAGACACUGAUUUGUAUCCUCUGGGAUCCAGUUACGUCACUGAAAUAGACAGUGUCCAUGAUAUAACAGUCGGCACGAAGAGGGGAUCUGACGAACUCUUUUCCUCUUGCAUAUCUAACGGACCUUAUAUAAUGAGCUCUGGAGCAGCAAAUGGUAAUGACAGCAAGAAGUUCAAAGGGGACAUCAGGAGCCCAGGCAUUCCUUCACGAGUCAUUCAUGUACGCAAACUGCCCAAUGACAUAAAUGAAGCAGAAGUCAUUUCUUUGGGGCUUCCCUUUGGCAAAGUGACCAACCUCCUGAUGCUGAAAGGAAAGAACCAGGCUUUCCUGGAGAUGAACACUGAGGAGUCAGCACAGACCAUGGUCAGCUACUACUCCUCUGUUACCCCUGUCAUCCGCAACCACCCAAUCUACAUGCAGUAUUCCAACCACAAGGAGCUAAAGACUGACAACUCACCCAACCAAGUUAGAGCACAAGCGGCACUGCAGGCGGUGAAUGCAGUCCAGACAGGAAGCAUGCCUUUGAGCACUGUUGAUGGAGCAGGCAUGGGAAGUCAGAGCCCUGUGCUGAGAGUCAUUGUUGAAAACCUCUUCUAUCCAGUUACUCUUGAUGUCCUUCACCAGAUCUUCUCAAAGUUCGGCACGGUUUUGAAGAUAAUAACCUUUACCAAAAACAACCAGUUCCAAGCACUGGUCCAAUACUCAGACGGAAUGACUGCUCAGCAUUCAAAACUGUCUUUAGAUGGACAGAACAUCUACAAUGCCUGCUGUACCCUUCGCAUCAGUUUCUCUAAGCUCACCAGCUUGAAUGUUAAGUACAACAACGAAAAGAGCAGGGACUACACUCGCCCUGACUUGCCUACAGGAGACAGUCAACCUUCCCUCAAUGCACAGACGAUGGCUGCAGCUGCCUUGAGUGCUCCUGGUAUCAUCUCUGCAUCACCAUAUGCUGGGGCUCAUGGUUUUCCACAAACGUUUACCAUUCAGCAGGCAGCAGGUCUGUCUCUGCAGGGUAUGCCUGCCGGGGCUUUCGCAUCACUCGGUGUCCCUGGUGCUGCAGCCGCCGCUGCAGCGGCUGCUGCAGGACGCCUGAGUCUUUCAGGUUAUAACGCUGGAGGAAACAGUGUCAUGCUGGUCAGCAACCUUAACCCUGAGAGCGUUACGCCCCAAUGCCUCUUUAUUCUUUUCGGUGUGUAUGGUGACGUCAUGAGAGUGAAGAUCCUAUUCAACAAGAAAGAGAAUGCUUUGGUGCAGAUGUCUGAUGGAACCCAAGCCCAGCUAGCCAUGAGCCACUUAAAUGGGCAGAAGCUGUAUGGGAAGGCUUUGCGGGUCACUCUUUCCAAACACACCACUGUGCAGCUGCCACGUGAAGGCCAUGAGGAUCAGGGGCUCACCAAGGACUACAGCAACUCUCCUCUUCACCGCUUCAAAAAGCCAGGCUCCAAGAACUACUCCAACAUCUUCCCCCCUUCCUCUACUCUCCAUCUUUCCAAUAUACCACCUUCUGUCACUGAGGAUCAUCUCAGAGGCUUGUUUCUAACUUCAGGAGCUGUGGUUAAGGCCUUUAAGUUUUUCCAGAAAGACCGAAAAAUGGCUCUCAUCCAGUUGGGCUCUGUGGACGAAGCAAUCGAGUCGCUGAUCAAAUUUCACAAUCAUGACCUGGGAGAGAACCAUCACCUCAGAGUGUCUUUCUCAAAGUCCACCAUCUGAUGGAGGCUGGUUUAUUUUAGAGGAGGUGAAAGGACCGUCACUUUAGACCAAACUUUUAAGCCUUCCACAAUUUAUAUCACUGUGGACAAAUAUUUUCCACAACACACACUUCAUCAUUCCUUUUAUUAUAUCUACAUUCACAUAUAUAUGUCUAUUUGUAAUUCCACUUUGAACCAGUAGACCAGAGGAACUGAAUCCAAUGUCACUUGGGUUUUAAUAGUACCUUUUCUCAGACGGUUUGUUUCAUGAUUUAGUUAAUCAUUGGCACACAUCAGUUUUGGAUAAUAGAUGCUGCGUAGUUUACACUUGUGCCUCUGCGGAAAGCCGCACCCUUUCAGGUUGCACACGCAAAACCUUGUUUUGUUUAUUGAACCUAUAAUUAACUUUUUUUCAAAGCUAUUCCCUAUUUGCCUUUCCGAGAGAGAGAAAAAAAAAAGCAGCUGUGCCUUACAUGGUGCUUAGAGUGUAUAUUCUUAAUGGCCUUAGGAAUGUCUUGAUGUUUUUGGCUUCUUUGAAGGAACCAUUAACCUCAAACAUACAAAAAAAACAAAAAACUCCUGCCUGGUGUUCCCAGGUGCUCCCUGUGAUUUGACUAGUGAAAGCGCAGAUUGUUUUCCUUUGAAAGGCAGAAACUAGUUCAGAGAUCUUUACAGGCUUUAGUUUUGUACCUGACUGUCACACCUUAUUUUUCAUAUAGUUAUUCUAUAUAUGUGGUUCUACUGCUUAUGUACCGUUUGUAAGAUUCUAUAUUUUAUAGCUCAUUCCAUAUUAAGUCGCACACAUAUUUGUAUACUGUAUCAUCUAUUUGGGCAUUGGCCUACUGCACUCUCUGUGCCUAGACCAUCGUAUUCUCCAUUUAAUAGGGAGCGGGACACUUUGAAUUUUUUUUUUCUUUCCUCCUCCUGUUGCUUAAGGGUUUCAUCAAUUAUGAAACCGUUUGGAGCCAAACCAGAGUUUCGCCGCCUAUGAUUUUUACAUAAUUUUUGGUUAUGUUGCAUGUGCCGAAGGAAGUCAAGUUCACAAGAGUUUUAAUGAACUUGUCAACGUGUUAAUUUAGACCUUCCAGAGCUCAAGUUUCUACUGGGUCUCUCUGUCACUUGCCUUUUUGUUAAAGAAUAUUAGCAUUACAGAGUCUUAAGCUCCUGUGUGACAUUUGUGUGAACCGAGACACCUGUGACAAGACUUCAGACUGUUUUUAGCACUUCUUUGUGUGGGGGGGGGAUGUUAAGGCCAUGGUCUUUCUGAUGCAUCCAUUUCAUGUUGAUUGUGGCAUGAGUCUUGAUGCACAGACAUUCCCUUUUACUUUUCAACUUGUACUUGUACUAUAGGGGGAAAUUCUCAGUUUAUUUUAUCCUUUGCAAUUCAGCAGAAUAUCGGCGUUACUGACAGGUGUUGAGCUUGUUUGUGUGGGUAUUGUUGUUUUUUUUUGGUUUGUUUGUUUUUUUUUUUUUUUUUUUUUUUUUUUUUCCCUGAAGAGUAGCAUGAUGGACCAAAGCAUCUUCCCUGUUCUGUCAGCCAGUUUUUGAUAUAGAGGUAUCUUUACUGUGCAGCGAUUUAUUCAGGCUUUGAUUUCAGUGGGCAGCAGGUGAGGUUUUUUUUUUUUUUUGACUGCCUGUGUGUAUAUUAUUGACUUUUGUUUACAAGAAGCAACACAUGAUCUUGAAAAUAUUACAAAUUAGAGAAGGGCUUUUUUUUGGCCUAAAGUAUGUAUCAAAUUAUUUCUGUUAUCAGAAAACAGAACCAAACAAAAGUCUUAAAGUAGCAACAGAACUCCUUUCUAUUGCGUUAGUUAUACUUCCUUGUUUUUCCCAGUGUGGCUGUAAUGUUGAGAAACUGAGUGGGUGAGGGCUACUGUAUAUAAUUUUUGUUCUGUACAAGUAAUUGAAAAUCAACAUUUCUUUGGCAAACAUGUAUAUUUUGAUAAGGUAAUAGCAGACAUUCAGCUCAUUGUAGAGCCUUCCUUUUUUAUUACACAAUAUUAAAAGAGAUUCCAACGCA